GUCGUUCGUUCGAAUGGUUCGAAUCGUCGACCACAAUGGCCAACAGCGGCGUAGCUUUUUGUUUUGUUUUAUAUUUAAAUUCCAAAUACUUUGCUAUAUAUCGGUUCGCAGUCGUAUUUCUUCUUUGAAAAAAACGUGGAGAAAUUAAUGUGGAAUCAUUAAUGUUGUUAACGUGAAUAUUGUUACGUAAUUAAAACUCUUCGCAAAAUUCAAAUAAAUUUUUAUUUACGGAAAACUCGAUGAUUUACCAUUGAUCGUAUUUCUGUUAAUGUAAACAAAAUCUCGCGUAUAAAAGCCGGUGGAUGUGGAACGUAAACAGAGGAGACAAAAGAUUGUAACGAGAUUGACGAGAAAAUACUGGGCCAAAAAAAAUGAGUAAUAGCGAAGAAAAGAAGCGAACACUUCUGGAAAGAGGAAGAGAAUUAUUGGAGAGUAAUCGAUUGAGCGACUGUCAGUUUUUAGUGGGUCCACCUCCGAACCAAGAGAUCGUUGAAGCCCACAAAGUUUUUUUGGCAAUGUCGAGCCCAGUGUUUGAAAAAAUGUUUUACGGGUAUAUGCUGGAAGAUAGUAAGCCUAUACAAAUACCGGAAGUGACAACAGAAGGUUUCAAAGCAUUGCUCAGAUUCAUUUACAUCGACGAAUUGGUGCUCGAUCGUUUUGAAGUGGUUCAAGAUCUUUAUUUCUGUGCUCAAAAGUACAUGCUGCCAGAGCUUGCAGCACAAUGUAAAGUUUAUAUACAAUCUAAUUUGUCUGCUGAGAGGGUGUGCAAAAUUUACGAAUUUUCCCAGUUCUUUGAAGAGUCUGAACUUGAGGAACAAUGUCUCAAAUUAAUGCAAACCGAAACAAAGAAAAUAUUACUGGAUAAAAACUGGGAAGAAGCGCAAAUGACUACAGUUUCCGUGCUCUUUCAACAAAACCAGCUCGCUAUUGACUCUGAAAUUCAACUUUAUGACGGUCUGCUCGCAUGGGCCCGAGCUAAAUGCCAAAGGAAAGGUUUCUCCGAUGAUCAGAAUUCUUUGAGAUCCGUCGUUGGCGAUCUUAUCACCAAAAUAAGGUUCCUCACUUUGACUCCUGCGCAAUUCGCUGAUGGACCAGGAAAAGGCGAAAUUCUUACGAACGAUGAAAUCUUGGCUCUUAUCAUGAAGAUUUCGUCUUCUAGAAGCAUCAGGCCAAUUCCUGAAGGCUUUUCUGAAGAUAAAAACCACCGAGCUCGUGUCAAUGGUGCUGUACAGCCGACCCUUGUCAUUCCAAAAAGAGAAAUGUCACCUAACCGUGAUCUUCCGCGUGCUGCCAAACGAUCGGCGAUGGAACCAUAUUAUUGUUGUCGGAAUUUCGUAUCUGAGUUUGAUUACCUCAAUGUGGACUAUUUUCAAUGUUCUCUUUCCUUCAGAGUGGAUACAAAACUUAAAAUUCGUGGUUUUACACUAUCAUCUCUAAAGUCGAGGUUACAGAGAGAUGGAGAGCCAAUAGGUUACCAACAAAAAACUUCGUUCGCUUACUUAAACGAUUCUAAAGGGAACAAAUUGACUCAAAGAUGCUUUGUUUUUGACGUGCGUCGCCAGUGCCCAAUCAACGUCGCGUUUGAAGAAUGUAUUGAGAUUGAAAGAAAUGAGGACUAUACGAUUGGUGUUGUGUUCAACCAGCUCGGAACUUAUUCUGCAAUAAAGGGUUGCGCUCCGCGUGUAACUUCCCAUCAAGUCAAAUUUACAUUUAUGGUUGGACCGAAUGGCCAAAAUGUGCGAAACGGUCUGAUCCGAGGGAUCUUUUUUUCUAAAUGAAUGAAACAAGAAAUGCAAUCUUGCCACUUUAAGGUGGCAUCUAGUUUUAGUUUAUCAAAAAAAUAGCUUUAUUUGCGAGCAUUAUAGAGACAUAUUUAAUAGCAUUUAAAAGAGAUGAUUUAUAUAACGAGACUAUCUCGAUAUUUGAUCGUCGAACUUACAAUGAAAAUCGAGAUCACAUUGAUUCUGAUUAAAGAAUUCAGAAUAUUUUCUUUUCAUAUUCAAUUUAAAACACCAAAAACAGAGUUUUUUUUUCAUAAAAUUUUUUCACAGUCGAUAAGCUCGAACAGCAAAAAGGGCCAGUUCCUAAACAAGUUGUGAACUUGAAACACAGUAAGGUGUGAAAAAAGCAUAUUUUUUUAUAACAAAGAUAUGAUACGUUAUAUCGUAGAUAAAAUUAGCAUUGGAUUUUUUAUGAAUGUACUUAAUAAAAAAUGAUUAAAGAUUUUUCGAAAAUUA